AUGGACGUCAUCCAGGCCGUCUCGGGCUACAUCACCAAAAUGGUGUCGGCCGGGGACAAUGCGGCGACGGGCACGUCGGCGGCCAAGAUGAAGAUUCUCCUGCUCGACAACGAGACUGUGCCCAUUGUGUCGACGGCGACGACGCAAUCCGCCCUCCUCAACCACGAGGUCUAUCUCACCGACCGGCUGGACAACCAGAAACGAGAGAAGAUGCGACACCUGCGAUGCCUGUGCUUCGUGCGGCCCUCGCCCGAGUCGAUCCAGGCCCUGAUUGAAGAGCUGCGCGAGCCCAAGUACGGCGAAUACAACAUAUACUUCAGCAACAUUAUCAAAAAGUCGUCGCUCGAGCGCCUUGCCGAGGCAGACGACCACGAGGUGGUGCGCGCCGUGCAGGAAUACUUUGCAGACUUUCUCGUCAUCAACCCCGACCUCAUGUCGCUCAAUCUCGGCUUUCCAAACCACCGCAUAUGGAGCACGAGCCCAGACUCGUGGAACCAGGAUGCGUUGCAGAGGUCGACCGAGGCCGUCAUGGCGCUGCUUUUGUCGCUCAAGAAGAAGCCCCUGAUCCGGUACCAGAAGAACAGCCUGCUGGUGAAGAAGCUGGCGACCGAGGUGCGGUACCACAUGACGCAGGAGGACCAGUUGUUUGAUUUCCGCAAGACGGACACUCGGCCCAUUCUCCUAAUGGUCGAUCGCCGCGAUGAUCCCGUCACCCCGCUGUUGACGCAAUGGACGUAUCAGGCAAUGGUGCACGAGCUGCUCGGAAUACACAACGGACGAGUGGACCUGCGCCAUGUGCCCGACAUACGGCCCGAGCUCAAGGAGAUUGUGCUGUCGCAGGACCAAGAUGCCUUUUUCAAGAAGAACAUGUACCUCAACUUUGGCGACCUGGGACAGAACGCCAAAGAGUACGUGGAGCAGUUUGCCUCGAAGCAGCAAGGGUCGCAGAAGCUCGACUCGAUUGCCGACAUGAAGCGCUUCAUUGAAGACUUUCCAGAGUUCCGCAAGCUGUCGGGAAAUGUCACAAAGCACGUCACGCUGGUUGGCGAGCUAAGCAGGCGCGUGGGCGAGGAGAGCUUGCUGGACAUCAGCGAGCUCGAACAGAGCCUAGCGUGCACAGACAACCAUUCCAACGACGUCAAGUCUCUGCAGAAGAUCAUACAGGACCCGAAUGUGCCGGCCAACAACAAGCUGCGGCUGGUUGCUAUUUACGCGCUGCGCUACUCAAAGACGUCGUCCAACUCGACGGCCAUGCUGCUUGAUUUGCUUGCCGUCGCCGGCGGGCUCUCGCGGCAUCGCAUCAACGCCAUCACCAAGCUCAUGACGUAUCACGACUCGCUGCAGGCUACGGCGGGGGCUGGCGGAGUGCCUGACCUGUUCCAGGCGGGCUCCUUCUUUGGCGGUGCGCGAGACCGACUCAAGGGCUUGAAGGGGGUGGAGAAUGUCUACACACAGCACUCGCCGCGGCUGGAAGCCACGCUGCAGGACCUGAUCAAGGGCCGGCUCAGCCAGCAGAUGUAUCCGUUUGUAGAAGGCGGCGGGUCGACCAAGGACAAGCCACAGGACGUCAUCAUCUUCAUGGUUGGUGGCACGACAUACGAGGAGGCCAAGAUGGUGGCGCAGGUGAAUGCCAGUUCGCCAGGCGUUCGCGUGGUGCUGGGGGGCACGACGGUGCACAACAGUACGUCGUUCUUGGAAGAGGUCGAGGACGCGGUGGAUUCGUGGCCGGAGCCGGCUGCGACAUCAGCUGCAGCGCGGCUCAAGCGCGAGGUGGGAAGAUAGUCGUCUGGUGACACGGGGGGGGAUUGGGCACGACUACAUGGCAAGGGCGCUUGGAGUCUGGCGUUGUCGGGCGUGGCGUGCGGGCAGGGCAGACAUGUGCAUGGGGCGAUGGCGGUGCUGGGGCACAUGCAGCCAAGGGCAGGACGGCAGGCGUGCGUGUGUGUGUGUGUGUGUAUGUAGGCGGCGCAUUAGGGCUGGAUGCAG